GCCAAAGCUACGUCUUUAAAACAUGGGAGAACGUGUUGACAACGCGGGAUUGACUAGCUAUUUGUCCUGCUAAUCAUUUAACUUACUCACUUACUCAGUUACUCUUAUUAUUACCAUCUAGUUUGGUAACAUUUCGGCCAAUAUCAUCCGGAUUCUGGGCUUCUCUUACGAAAGUACUGUUUCUAGUAAAUGCAGAUCUAGCUUUCAUCUCCAUCUCUCCAUAUCUCCUAAGCUUCCAAUCUCCUUCUCUUUCUUCUCAUUAAGUUCUUCUCACCAAUAUCAUUCAGUGUUUCUGAAACUUCCAAUACGCUCCCAUUGAAUUCCUUUCCUCAUCAAUGACGUGGGAAUCUAUCCAUCAUCUUAUCCUGCUUCAAUCACUAGCUGGCACAUGCAGUAGUGAUAGUCACUGAAUCUAGUCAGCAACUUUAACAAUUCUCUUUAAGUUCCAGGCCAACCUGAGUCUUUCGGACAUACAGGGAGAAGAAAACUCUGGAGUGAAUAAAGGCUUUUAUUAUUUACCAUUAUCAGUAAAAAUAUUCUGUUUGCGGUUGGUUUUACCAUACCCAAGCUUUCUUCUUAUCUACCCGUUCAACACAGACCGGGAACUUGCAGAUUCGCAGUGCAGACGACACCACAAUUCUCCCACUUCAAACUCCGAUAAGCUCUUUUAAGAAUAUCCGGAUUACGGGAUUCAAGCAUACAAGAGAUAUUUGAUAGGCAAUAGAGUGGAGAUACACAUCGAUAAGCGUAUCUGAUAAUCCAUCCUUCAAACCACUCACAUCUUUGGAGUAUCAUAUCUUCUUCUAUCUUGCUGGACUUCCCCUUUGAGGUAGCUUUGUGCAUUGCUAGACCGUUCCUAUACGCUAUCAUAUUCUCGGCCGCCCAUCGCGCUUCUCCGAGAACAGGGGACUACGCCAAAAAUCCCGUUUCUCAUCCAUCUUCCCUGGCAGCUGCAGUAUCGGCGGUACCAACCCCAGGGUCUAGAGCAGGUCAUCGGGUUCACACAGACUUACGGAACCUGGUCGUUGACGAUCUCGGCGGAGAUUGUUCCACUAGAAUCUUGUAACGCAGUGGCUAUCAUGUCGACUUCAACUUCUAUAGCACGUACUGCCCCAAUUGCCAUUGCUUCCAAGAAACCUCAUCUAGAUACAAUUCUCGAUACUCCCAACAAUUCAUCAAACGGCAGAGAUAUCUCUAGUUUGUCAACGAGUAUGAGUAGUGUGGCAUCGAUGGAUCUGGGAAAUAACAUGAGAAGUCGAAAGGAUAGACCGUGUGAUGCUUGUAGGAGGAGGAAGAGUAGAUGUGUGAUCAAUGAGGGGCAGUUCACGUGUGUUCUUUGUCAAUUUCAUUCUCAGGAUUGCACCUUUCUGUCAAGUCCGCAGCCUAGGAAGAGAAAAUUGAAUACGGAUGGGAAGGAAGAAUCCAUUGCAAAAAGAAGAUCUCCUGAUAGGAAUUUCGAAAGGUCCAGACCCCACGAGGCUAGCAUAUCUAGUACCGGUGCUACCAAUUCACUGACCGAGGAUUUGGCAAAUAUUGGGGGCCCAACGUUGUUAAAGCGAACUUUGGGGUUACAGCAUGAUCGAUUCAGUCAAUACAUUGGCCCAACUACAGACUUCGAGCCCUCACUCAUUGAUUUAUCACCAUUUGAUCCACAGGAUGAGAGUUUGUUAUCAAGAGGAACAUUAAGAAAAGUGAGCGAUGUUGAUACGUUUUUAAUGCUUCCGGAUCAUACGACUCCCGGUCAUGAACAUCAAAUUGAAGAUGUGGAUGCGAUCGAAGAUCUGGUGGCGCCACACGGUCCCAUACUGCUGGAUUUAUAUUUCCGUAUCAUUCAUCCAAAUUUUCCCAUCCUUCAGAAGAAUGUAUUUUGGGAGAAGUACAACAGAUCUUACCGAGAAUUUUCUCCGCCUCUUUUGGCUGCUGUAUACAUUCUUGCGAUCAAUUGGUGGGACCACAGUGAAGAACUUGCACAUCUGCCUAGGCCUGACCUUAAGGAACUGGAAAGAUUAGCAAGGGUGACAUUGUCGGAUGCCAUGAACAGACCCAAACUAUCAACAGUACAAGCCGGACUCCUCCUAUCCCAAGCCCCAGAAGGUGAUCAAUGGGCACCAACCGCACAACUCGUAGCAAUUUCCCAGGAAUUAGGUCUUCAUCUCGACUGUUCGAAUUGGAAAAUCCCGCCAUGGGAGCGAGGACUCCGCAAACGUCUCGCCUGGGCAUUGUAUAUGCAAGAUAAAUGGGGAUCGUUAGUGCAUGGACGUCCGUCCCAUAUUUUCGCUACGAAUUGGGCUGUUCUUCCCUUAUCCCAGAAUGAUUUUCCGGAUGUCGAACAUGAUGAGACUAAUGAUGAGCAAAGUGUUGAACACGAUCGCGGCAGACAACUUUUCUGUCAAAUGAUAGCCCUCUCUCUGAUUCUCUCCGAAGUUUUAGAUACCUUCUACACGCUAUCCGCUAUGUCUAAUGUGGCUAAUGCUGGAGCUCAAGGCACAGUACUUGUCCUUCAGCUCGCGAAGCCAGUACAGCUCAAACUCAAAGAUUGGUAUUCGGCACUCCCUGCCUGUCUUCGUAUGGACGCUCCUCCCACCUCUUCGAAAUUAUCCUUAUCCUCCACCGGCUUCCUGCAUCUCGCGUAUUUUGCGACUGAAAUCACCCUUCAUCGUCGCAUCAUCCGUUCCUUGACGCCUCCUCCGAACUCCUCGCAUGCCCACAUUAAAAUCGAAGGGCAAUCGUCUCCUAUCCAGCCAGAUCCUUACAUCCAGCACAUCUGCCGUAGUGCAGCAAAAACCCGCUUAAUAUCUGCCAUGGAUUUUGUGAACCGACUCACGACUAGUCAUCUGAGGUCCUUCUGGUACUUCGCAAGUAAGACGAACUUUGCGCUAAUAGGAACUUUUGGAUCGUUGUUGUGGGCGACAGCGCCAGGAAGAGAGGAGGCCGAGUGGUAUAGAAGGAGGUUGGGAGAAUACAGGUGGACGUUAGGAGUCAGCUGUAAAGGAGGUGAGCUGACAAGAUGGGCCAUGGGUAUGUUGGAUACGAGUACAGGUUUAUUAAAGGGGUUACCUGAGAAGCCAGCUUUGAGUAGAGUGGGGAGUGUAGGAGAAGGGAUGGAGGCAAAUGGGGGCCCAAGAAGAGUGUCUGGCAACCCGUUAGGAUUUGUAGGCGGAAGUCUACCCACUGGAUUUGGAAGCAUAGGAAUGGGCAUGGGGCUUGGAGGGGGCACUGGAUUUGGAAUCGAGGGGACAGGAAGUAGGACCAAUGGGAGAAUAGUCACUGGUAUUGAUGAGGAAAUGACGGGUUUAGCAGAAAGCAGUGGGUUGGUAAGCCCAAGUACGAGUGUUAGUAGUAGCGAGGAGAGUAGAGGCGAACGUUACGACGGUUACAUAUUGCCUCAUCCGAGAUUUGUGGAUGAGAGGUAUCAGGAUUGAUACGAAUUUCUUUUUAAGGCAAGCGGGUUUAAAAAGAGCGAGCGUAGGGGUUAUUUACGAAGUCAUGAACAUUUUGGUAAUGCGAAGACGAAGAUAAGAUGGAUGGAUUUGCAUAAGUGUAUUUGGUUUUGGUUUUACGAGGAUAUCCUGGUGUGUUUGCUUAUUAUAGAUUGGACACCACAUGCGAUGUAUAUGCAUUGAAUCAAACAGCAAUUCGUUUCUAUGUUACACUUCAUUUCUUAC